AUGGCGGUGAAACAGACGGUAAUUCUCGCAGCAGCUUCCCUACUAAUCAUAUUCCGUCUCACCUCCGCGCUCCCAACGGAAACUAUCACUAACGCUGCGGACACUCUCUCCAAUUCCGGCUAUGUCGCAAUGUCCUUAACGCUAAAUCUCGUCUCCGACGUUUUGCUUUCUUACCGUAACUCCGCCACCAUCUUCACUCCACCGGACUCCGCCUUCGCUGACUACGGCCAACCAUCUCUCGCCACCCUCCAAUUCCACUUCUCCCCGUUAGCUUUCUCACUCUCAAAGCAUCCGUUCCCUCCCAUACGGCACCAAAAUCCCCACCAUGUCCUCCGCCACCUUCCUAACAGUCACUACAUCUCACUCCUCCGAUCAGAUCCUCCAGUGCAAAGCGUUAGGCUAGAUCAUUGUACGGCGUCGUUCGGAGGUUACAGUAAUUUCUCGUUCCACGAUGGUGCUAACCUGUUGAUAUCUAGAGGAUACUCUGUGAUGGCGUCGUUUCUCAAUCUACAACUCCUAGGGUUUCUAGGUCAAGCUACACUGACUAUUUUUGCUCCUAUUGAUGAAGUGAUGGUUGAUUAUUCCGGUCGGUUUCCUGAUUAUCCAUCUCUGUUUCUCCGACAUGUUUUACCUUGUAAGAUUUCGUGGAGAGAUCUCAUUAGCGUCGAUGAUGGAACAAGUUUGGAUACCUAUUUGGACGGAUUCAAAAUCACAAUUCAUAGAUCUGGAGGCACGUUUAAGGUGAACGAAGCUUCAAUUACUUUCCCGGACAUGUAUUACGGUGAUUCGUUUGUGGUUCAUGGAAUUCGCGAGGUUCUUGCUCUACCAAAGCCAGCAGAGGAAUCAGGUGAUGGCGACGGAUUUGAUGAUAUUCCUAUUGGUACUGUACUGGUUGCUACUGUUCCAGAUCGAUCUGAGUUUUAA